AUGGCUUUGAACUACCUUAUGUGGAAUGAAGAUUUGGUUUUAAAGAGUAAGGAUGAGGUGCUUUUAAGGUGCCUCAGAAAGAAAGAAUACAUGAAAGUCAUUGGGGAAACUCAUGAAGGAAUCUGUGGAGUGCAUCAAGGUGGGAGGAAAAUGUGCUGGUUAAUUAGAAGACACGGCCCAAUCCAGCAGGCUCCUUCAGUUCCCAUGAAUCCAGUGGUAAAGCCAUAG